AUGAAGACUCACCGUCUCGGUGAUGCUACCGAUAUUGCAAGUCCGUGUGCUCCUACUUUAAAUUUGGCUGGUCUCUCUCUCACCAACAGAUCACCAUCGCGAAUGAUGAGUGGCACUAUGGAUCAACCAUCUGCCAGUGUUUACUUGGAUGGUUCCACCCCACAAAACUUUUCAUUGUGUGCUUGGAGAAUGCUCACUUGUCCCCCGACAUCUGACACCAACUCGGCGCCAAUAUAUCAGCACAUUCGUGAGAUCAAUGGAGUCAGUGGUGUUGCACUCCAGCUGCACUUCGAUGACACUCCACUCCUGUCAUUUGGUCCCAUGGCUGACUGGUAUCUUCAAGCUCAUGGAUACACUGUGAAGGCUUUACUCCAUGUUGCAUAUGCUCAUGACAUGAGUUCUUCGGCCCAAGACUUUGUUGACAAGCUCACCGACAAGGGGAUGGCUAGGGCUGAAGCAUUCUUCCUUUGGGGACUUAUCACUACUGAAGACAGUCCCUCUGGUGUCUAA